AUGGCCGACCUUCCGGUUUAUGAUGGUGCGAUCGGUAUCGAUCUCGGUACCACCUACUCUUGCGUUGCCAACUAUGAGGGCACCAACGUCGAGAUCAUCGCCAACGACCAGGGUAGCUACACCACUCCCUCUUUCGUUUCCUUCACCGACAAGGAGCGUCUGAUCGGUGAGGCCGCCAAGAACGCCGCCGCUAUGAACCCGAAGAACACCAUCUUCGAUAUCAAGCGUCUGAUUGGUCGCCGUUUCGAUGACCCUAUCGUCAAGAAGGACGUUGAGUCGUGGCCCUUCAAGGUUGUUGACCAGGGUACUAGCCCUGCCGUCGAGGUUGAGUAUCUCGGUGAGAACAAGACCUUCACUCCUCAGGAGAUCUCCUCCAUGGUCCUCAUGAAGGCAAAACAGAUGAAGGAAGUUGCCGAGACCAAGCUCGGCAAGAAGGUUGAGAAGGCUGUUAUCACUGUUCCCGCCUACUUCAACGACAACCAGCGUCAGGCUACCAAGGAUGCCGGUGCUAUCGCUGGCCUGAACGUUCUGCGUAUCAUCAACGAGCCUACUGCUGCUGCUAUUGCUUACGGUCUGGGUUCUGGCAAGUCCGACAAGGAGCGCAAUGUCCUGAUCUACGAUCUGGGUGGUGGUACUUUCGAUGUCUCUCUGCUUAACAUCCAGGGUGGUGUCUUCACUGUCAAGGCUACCGCCGGUGAUACUCACCUUGGUGGUCAGGACUUCGAUACCAACCUGUUGGACUUCUUCAAGAAGGAAUUCCAGCGCAAGACUGGCAAGGACCUCUCUGGCGACGCCCGUGCUCUCCGCCGCCUGAGAACCGCUUGCGAGCGUGCUAAGCGUACCCUGUCCAACGCUACUCAGACCACUGUCGAGAUUGACUCUCUCUUCGACGGUGAGGACUUCAACUCCUCUAUCACCCGUGCCCGUUUCGAGGACCUGAACGCCAAGUCAUUCAACGGCACUCUGGAGCCCGUCCAGCAGGUCCUGAAGGACUCUGGUAUUGAGAAGAUUAAGGUCGACGAGAUCGUCCUUGUCGGUGGUUCUACCCGUAUUCCGCGUAUCCAGAAGCUUCUGAGUGACUUCUUCGACGGCAAGAAGCUUGAGAAGAGCAUCAACCCCGAUGAGGCUGUUGCCUAUGGUGCUGCUGUCCAGGCUGGUAUCCUCUCUGGCAAGGCUACUUCUGCUGAGACCCAGGACCUCCUGCUUCUUGAUGUUGUUCCCCUGUCCCUUGGUGUCGCUAUGGAGGGUAACAUCUUUGCCCCCGUUGUCAACCGUGGUCAGACCGUCCCCACCAUCAAGAAGCGUACCUUCACCACUGUUGUCGACAACCAGACCACCGUCCAGUUCCCCGUCUACCAGGGUGAGCGUACCAACUGCGCCGACAACACCUCCCUCGGCGAGUUCACUCUGGCUCCCAUCCCCCCCAUGCGUGCCGGUGAGGCCGCUCUGGAGUGUGUUUUCGAGGUCGAUGUCAACGGUAUCCUGAAGGUCACUGCUACUGAGAAGUCCUCCGGCCGCAGCGCCAACAUCACCAUCUCCAACGCUGUUGGCAAGCUGUCCAGCACCGAGAUCGAGCAGAUGAUUGAUGAUGCCAACAAGUUCAAGACCAGCGAUGAGGCCUUCACCAAGAAGUUUGAGUCUCGCCAGCAGCUCGAGUCCUAUAUCUCCCGUGUUGAGGAGAUGAUCUCCGAGCCCACUAUGUCGAUGAAGCUCAAGCGCGGCAACAAGGAGAAGAUCGAGUCUGCCCUCAGCGACGCCAUGGCCCAGCUUGAGGUUGAGGACUCCACUCCUGAGGACCUCAAGAAGAAGGAGUUGGCCCUGAAGCGUCUUAUGACCAAGGCUAUGUCUACCCGCUAA